UGCCGUCGAGCGGGGCGGGCGGAGCGGGGCUGCGGGCGCGGCGCGGUGCGGGCGGCGGCCCCGGCACGUGGCUCCCGGCGCCGCGGGCGGCAGCUCCAACACCGGCUCCGGUCCUGGUUGCAUCAUCGGCUCCGGUCUCGACUCCAACACCGGCUCCGGUCCUGGCUGCUGCAGGAGCUCCGGUCUCGACUCCGUCCCCGGCUCCGGUCUCAGCCCCUUCCCGGCUCCGCUCCCGCCUCUGUCACCGUCUCGGGUCCCGGCUCCGCUCCCGGCUCCGUUGGUGGCUCCGCUCCCGGUUCCAUCGUCGGCUCCGGUCUCGUCCCCUUCACCAGCUCAAGUCCCGGCUCCAGCCGCAGCUCCGCGCCCCUCGCCAGCCCCAGCCCUGCUGCUGUGACCGUCCCCGUGCCUGUCCCUGUCCCUGUCCCCAGCCCUGCUGCUGUUCCCACUCCCACCCCUGCUCCCAUCCCCACUGCCAGCCCCUCUGCCGGCUCCAUCCCCAGCCCCGCUGCUGUGACCAUCCCUAUCCCCGACCUCAUCCCUGUCCCCAUCCUCAUCCCUAUCCCCAUCUCCAUCCCUGUCCCCAUCCUUAUCCCCAUCUCCAUCCCUGUCCCCGUCCCCAUCCUCAUCCCUGCUCCCGUCCCCACGCCCAGCCCCGCUGCCGGCCGCAGCCCCAUCCCGCUCCAUCCCCGCUCCCAGCCCGGUCCCCGCCGGGGCGUAAGGCUCAGUGGGCGGCUGGGUGCCGUCCGCCCCCCCGGCAUCACCAUCGCUCCCAAGGGCGAGGAGGACCUGCUGGCGCUGGCCGCCUCCCGGCUGAGCCGCAGGAAGCGGGUGGCCGGGGCGGCCGUUGGCGUGGCCAUGGUGCUGGUGCUUCUGGUGGCCAUCCCGCUGCUGGUGCACAGCUCCAAGGCGGCCGCGCACUACGAGAUGCUGGGCAGCUGCCGCAUGGUCUGCGACCCCUACCCCGGCCCCGAGCUGCCCGCCGCCUCCCCGCCGCCCUUCCUGCCCGGCGCCAAGGGCGAGCCGGGGCGCAAGGGCCGUGCCGGCGUGCGGGGUCCCCCCGGACCACCGGGACCACGGGGGCCACCGGGCGAGCCGGGCCGGCCAGGGCCACCAGGGCCACCGGGGCCGGGUCCCGGGGGGUACAUCCCCUCCUUCUAUAGCCCCAAGAUCGCCUUCUACGCGGGGCUGCGGAAGCCCCACGAGGGCUACGAGGUGCUGCGCUUCGACGAUGUGGUCACCAACGUGGGCAACUACUACGAGCCCUCGAGCGGGAAGUUCACCUGCCCCCUGCCCGGCAUCUACUUCUUCACCUACCACGUCCUCAUGCGCGGCGGCGACGGCACCAGCAUGUGGGCCGACCUCAUGAAGAACGGGCAGGUGCGGGCCAGCGCCAUCGCGCAGGACGCGGACCAGAACUACGACUACGCCAGCAACAGCGUCAUCCUGCACCUGGACGUGGGCGACGAGGUCUUCGUCAAGCUGGACGGCGGCAAAGUGCACGGCGGCAACACCAACAAGUACAGCACCUUCUCCGGCUUCAUCAUCUACCCCGACUGAGCCCCCCCACCACCCCCCCCGACCACCCCGGCGUGGGGACGGGGCUGUGGGCAUUGGGGGGGGGUGUUGUGUUUGGAGGGGGGGUGUCCCAGCUCCCGCUGGUGUGACCGUCCCCCACGAUAGCGAUGGGUGUGAUGAGACACCCGCGAGGACACACGUGCCCCCCCCUCCACCGCACGCUGCCCCGCGCACCCCGCACCUCUUGGCUCCUCCACACUCCCCCCCCCCCAAAAAAUCACUCCCACGCCCCCAUCAGUGUCCCCCCACCCCCGCAUGCCAGCACCCCCAAGGGUGUCGGGGUGUCCCGCUGCUGUCCCCGUCCCCGCGGCCGAUCGUUGGGCUCCCUGU